AUGUGGAGCGUAGUUGAGGAAAUCCCAAGAGUUGUGGUCCAAGAGAUGGAUGCUGGAGGGGAUAUGAUUGCUGUCAGAAGCAUCCUUGAUGCUGACAGAUUUCACUGCUGCUCUCUGGUGAGGGGGAGGAGAAAUUUCUGGGGGCACCAAUACCACAGGACAGACCUCACCCUAGAGGACAUACUGGAGAGAGGGAAGGGCGAAGGGCUUUUGAUAAGCUGGGUUUUGGGCCCCAAGGCUGAGUUCCAAGUUCUGGACAUGGUAGACUCAAAGGGAAUGUUGACAGUGAAACUGCCCAAAGAAAUAACAACUGUAGGGGCCUUCCACAGGUCCCACAAGCAGAGAGUCAAGAUAUUGGAGCCCCGGAUACCCCAACAAUGUCUGGAUUCUCUUGAGCACUGGGAGGCUGGUGUUGGGCAGCGUGGGGAGGAAGAGGGGGAGCGCCCAUUUGGAGCACCGCGGGCAUCUGAGAUAAUUUGUUUCUUGGGCAACACAAAAGCCUUUCCAGAAGGGAAGUCCUUGAGUUUAGAGGAUUUUAGAAACAUGAAGGAGAAGGAGCAGGACAUGGUGGGAGGCCUCUAGGAUCUGACUGAGAAGGAACAAAAAGAUGUGCUAAGCUGCCUCAGAGGGCAGUUGCCACUCUCUGCUAAAACUCAUCUAGAGAUGGAGGGUCUAGCAGGUCUUCUCAUAAGUAGCCUUUUCAAUGCUGCUGGGUUCUUGGUAAAGGCACAUACAGAAUCCAUUCUGGAUAUCCUGGAUGCUUUGAUUACGUCUGAGGAGCAGCUUCUUGUGGCUGAGGCCCUAGAGAAGGGGACCCUGCCCCUGUUGAAGGACCAGGUAAGAUCUGUCCUGGAGCAGAACUGGAAUGAGCAGCCCCAUGAUAUGGGCUGGGACCCUGACGCACGACUUCUCUGUGCCCUCUAUGUUGCUCUCUCCCUCCUGCUGCGGCUCGGUGAGAAGCUGACCUCAGUGCCUUCCUAA